GAAAGCUCGGUGGAGGGGUGUUCGGUGGAGUUGAAUCAACGCGGGGGUGUAUGGGGGAAUUAGCGGAUGGCCGUGGACAAUGUGGGGGAUACUUUCUCAUAUCAAGUAUGGCCGCCAUCGUGGCACGAUGGCCAAAACAAUAUGCGGAGUAGUGAAAGUAAAGUGCCGCGUUAUCAUCGGAGUUCUUCAUACUCGUCGCGUCUACGUGAUAAACGAGAGAUCUUGAUCUCUCGAAUGAUCGACAAAUGGAUAAGAGUAAAGACGAGCUCCUGUCAAUCCUAAACAACGACGAUUGCCUUGGGACGAUUCACGUGGAGGACUCGACCGAGCUGAUCGCGAUCACGAGGGAGAAGAUCUGACGUGGAACGAGAGAGGGAACUCUUUGGUAAGAGUCAACAUGUCGUCGACGAUGGCACAGGAGACGACGAUAUCGGAUCUCACGGAACUAGACAGCGACGGCGGCUCGAGUUCGGAGGAACGAGAUUUGAGAAAACGUCUUCGCGGAGACGCUGAUUUCGCUGGACCGAAGAAGAGACGAAAGCAGACGACACCGGUAAGAUUUUCAUCGUCGUUGAUGAGCGAUCUACGGGAGGAGUCGAACGAGGAGGAGGAGGAGGAGGAUGAUGAUGAGGAGGAGGAAGAGGAGGAGGAAGGAGAAUUGGACGUGGACAGCGAAGGUAAGCUGUCUUCGAGAUCACCGAGUCAUCAUCACCACCUUCAUCAUCACCACCACCUUCAUCAUCAUCAUCCUUCGAUCAAAGAUGAAAAUCUAAACAACGAAUUUCGUUGUCAGUAUUGCGGUCUAUUUCUCGAUAGCAAGGAAACGUUGAACGUACAUUUGGAUAACGAGCACGGUGCGAUCAAUCAAACGACUAAUCUAUCCCAAACCAGAUCCUCGGCCGUGAUAAAGUUAGAACGAUCGAACGAUCAAUCGGAGAGUCCGGUAAAUCUUUUAACCGUAAAAAAUUUCGCAUCCUCUUGGCUGAAUCAGCAACAACAAAACCAAGUCCCAUCGCAAACGCACAUGCAAUCGCAAAACGACGAGCCGUGGCCGGGCCCGUCGAGUCAAUUGGCAAUGAGCAAUCAUUUGCAAGCGUUAACCGCAUUCCCAGGUGCUCUAGCCUCGUAUCUUCCUCUACCGACAUUUCCAUUGGCCGAGCCAACGCAUAUUCCGAGAACGUCGAUACCCCCCGCACCGGUUAGGAUCUUUAAUCCCGAAGCUUAUUGCGAUUUAUGCAACAAAGAAUUUUGUAACAAGUAUUUCUUAAAAACGCACAAGGCCAACAAGCACGGGAUUUACGUUGACUCGCCGGGACCUAACGCGACGAGCGAGAGUGCCAACGUUCCAUCGCAAAUGUUCCCGAGCGGUGGAUUUUCAGGUGCCUCGAUAAAAUUGGAACCGCCAGCUACGCCGCCGAUGCCGAGCGUACCAUGCGACGUAUGUCAAAAACGUUUCAAGAACGACGAGUCGAUGAGAAAGCACAAGCAAAAGAUCCACAACGAGUCGAUCGAGCAAGCGGAUCAAUCUCUGCCGGCUUCGCAAAGCGAGGACGACAGAGAGACACCGCGUAGCAGUCCUGGCGGCAUAGAAACGCUGUUCAAGCAAGAAUUUGGCAUCGAGCAAGAGGAUACGACGUUUAUGCCAGCACCGAGACACCUGUCACCCCAAUCGAUCCAACAGGCUCGAGAUUCGGGAUUCAACGCCGAUCGUCUUCGUCGUUUGGGCGUUAUCAAUCCCGAAGCAUUCUGCGAGAUCUGUUGCAAGGAAUAUUGCAACAAGUACUUCCUUCGCACGCACAAGAUGAAGAGACACGGUAUCGUCCUACAGGACAACGAAAAAUCCCCUAGCAAUCCCGCGGCGGCGCUCACCUGGCACCAAGUACAAACUAGUCCGCUCAAUCUGAUAGUGGCCGAGUCCGGCAAUGGAUCGGAGUCGAACGACCGUACCAACGACGAUUACGAGUGCAAGCCCUGCGGCAUACGUUUCCAAACGGUCGGCCUUUACCAAGCGCAUUGUAGGAAGAUGCACGAAAACGAGGAACAACAAUCGCCGAAGCAAGAAUUCGACCAGGACACGUCCGACCAACGUACCGAUUCCAUUUCCGAGGAUCUUCAAAAACUUCAGACCAUGAUCCUGCAACUGAACGGUUUGGAAACUAACGCGGGAAAGGGACUGCAAUCCUGUAACGUGUGCGGAAGGGAAUGCGAAUCUAGAACGUCCUUACGAAUACACAUGGCGACCGAACAUUCUGCCGUCACGGAGAAUCCGCCGCAAUCGCCGCCUCGAGAUAAGUCACCGCCGGCGAGUGCAGCGAUCGUCGCUUUUUGCACUCUCUGCGAGAAGGAUUACGUCAGUCAAGAGGCACUGAGGAAGCACAUAGUCGAGGAACAUCAGGCUACGAUACCGAAUCCAUUGUCGCAAGUUCCACCUCCCGUCGUCGGUGGUACGAGUUCCUCGAUCAAUUCGACGCCAAGUUCCGCGACACCGAGCGGCAAUCAAACGCAGACCGAAAAGAAGAUUACCUCGAUGACGCCAACCUCGAGUUACUGCGAAAUUUGCAACAAGGAAUUGUGCAACAAGUAUUUCAUGAAGACCCAUAUGCAAAGGAUGCACGGCAUAGAGAUAGAAAACGGCGCGCAGAUCGGUGGUGUCAUAUGCAACAUCUGUAACAAAGAACUCUGCAGUAAAUAUUUCUUACGAGUUCACAAACACAACACGCACGGUAUCGUCGAUGAAAACGCUACUUCCUCGUCCACGGCCAAACAGGAGGCUUACGAUGCCUCCAGUUCCGAGGAUUCGGCUUUGAAGCCGGAACAAUUGGGCGACCUAAGUCAUCGAUAUUUUACGCACUUCACCGAGGUCUGUCCGAUUUGUAGCCGUAGGUUUCGCAGUAUCAAAUGGCUCAAGGCACAUCUGUUGGGAGAUCAUGGGAAAACCGGCAUCGAUAAGUGGCGCGACAUGGAGCAACAGUAUCAAACUACGUCGAGGAACGCGAACAGAUCUGGCAGCAACAAUUCGAAAACCGUUCAACAAGUUUCGAAUCUUAAGAUACCGAACGGCUUCGAACUCAGCCAACAAAAUAAAACGACGGAUUUAACCGGCAACAUAGGGAAUCAAGUAUUGUCGAAUUUGUUUGGUUCGACCUCGGACGAUCAACAAUUGAAAAAUUAUCGUUGCAGUUAUUGCAACUUCUCUACGACCGUUUUACCAUUUCUAUUCCUACACGAGAGAUCCCACGUUAAUACCCAGGAAAGUAUAGACAGUGACAAUACUCUGCAAUGUCCAAUCUGUUCUCAAGGAUUCCAUCAGCCCGAACAAUUGCACCAACAUUUGCUAACCAGACAUCAAUUCCCGGCGCUGCUAACGCAGUUUCAAACGCCCGUACUUGGAAAUCCAAACAUUGAUCAGGAAAAGGUUAGUGGUAACGAUCCGAAGGAUUUGCGAUCGGAAGAAACGAAGGACGAUAACGUCAACAGGAAUCAGAUUAAUCCGACGAUCGCUCAGAAUCGUGUCUCCGUGCCCGAACAAAUAAGAAAUCAAAGAAGUCAAGAGGACAAUGCCGUACAGGUGACUCCUCAUGGUGCUUACAAGUGUGCUCAAUGCGGAUACGCAACGACUAAUCUCAACAGGAUUAAAAAACACGUUAGAAAGGAUCACACUGCGAUCGGUGACCCAACGGACAGUGUAAUAGCCGAACUUAGCAAAACUUUGAAGGACGUUGCUAACAGGCACAAGUUGCCGGCCUGUUACGCUAUGCCACAGGAAACAAACGUCGGCGAUAAAACGAUAAUGCAACCGUUCCUAAUAGACGAACAACAGGAUCCAUCGUCGCACAACAGCGACGAGUCCAAUUCGGAAAAACGAUUUACGCCAGCUCUCGUUUAUCUACCUGUUAAAUCACGAAUUAGCAGUGCACUGACCGCGUCCUUCACUCUGACACCCGCUUAAGAGGAAACAAGAAAGAAAAGGAAAAGACAAGGAAAAGGAAAAAGAAAAAGACGAAAGUAUCGAACUCCUUCCUAUCUAACAAAUGUCUAAGAAAGAAAAGAGGAAGAAGGAUGCAAUUAGUUCUUUGCGUCUGCGAUUUGAAGCACGUGGUAUCGGUUCCUAUCUACUACUACUACUACUACUACUACUACUACUACUAACAAGUAAGACGACAUCAAAGAUGUUGAGAUUUUUAUAUUAAAUACUUCUUAAUAAUAGCUCUGA